AUGGCCAAGAUCUGUAGUAGCAAUAGCACCAAGAAGGAUGGUUCAGCCACGCAGAUAGCAGUUGAAGCUAUUGAUCAAGACUGGGAGGCGUCUUGGAUGGGUCCGAUGGAUGGUGCAAGUGAUGGGAGUGACGAUGAGGAGGACGAAGAGGAGGAGGAAGAGGAAGAAAGAGGGGAAGCACGAACAGAUGCUGGAUCAGAUGGUGGUAAAAGAGAUUCCAUGCUGCCAGUGGUCAGGCGUGGUGCUGAUGGUUCCACCUGCACUGACGCUGCCGGAUCUAGCUCCCAGAUGUGCAGCUGCUCUGCCAGGGAUGACACACGACAGAAUCUUUCUACAGCCAGCGGUGGAGGUGAGGGCAGUGCUAGUGGUGCUAGUACUGGCAGUGGUGGCGGGAUGCACAGGACGGCGAGCAGGAGGGCGAGGGUGACUUGGGAGGAGUUUAUCGUUGGUUUGGCAGGAUGCUGCAAGGAAGCUUCCUCUGCAGCACGCAUGAGAAGGCUGCUGCGAGUCAUGUCUCUGAUUCGUGUGGCGCUCGUUCCGCCAUCCGCCAGCUCGCCUUCGUUACAUUCACAAAGCUCACAGUCACAGUCCCAGAGCUUAUACUCGCAGAGCUCCGUUUUGGAUCGGAAUGGUGCACACUCCCGCAGUGACGAGCCCCGCGGCCGUUUCCCCGUGAUGCCGUCCAUCCCAUGUGCUCCCUCGGUGUCCCAAGCUCUCCUCUGCAGGCCAGACAACCUGGAGGGAGAAACUCAACUGCAGCCGCGGUCAGAGCAACAGCAGCAGCAGCAGCAGCAGCAGCAAGAGGUUGGGGAAAGUGAGAGCAGGGAGGUGCGCGCAUGGCACGUGUGGCUGCUCUUCCUCACGUGCUGGGCGAUGGAGCAGCAGGCGGAGGCAUUGAGCCAAGACAAGGCAGGCAGUGGUAGUAAAGUUGUUGAUGGGGGUGCAGAUGGUGAUGUCGAUGGGGAUGGUGAUGGCGAUGGGGAUGGGGAUGGGGAUGGGGAUGGGGAUGGGGAUGGUGGUGGUGGUGGUGGUGCAGAUGCUGAUCUCUCCAACGUGGCAGCACACUCCAAUGAUCAGUCUACCAUACCUUCAAAUUUGCUCCACAUGCUUCAGAGCCUUGUUAGAGGAGCUGUUUCAGCUGCUGCCACUGAGAGCGCUGCUGCCACAGAUUACACUGCUGCUAUUUCGGUGCCUGCACCUGGUGCUACUACUGAUAGCGGAUCAGCCUAUAACGAGUCUCUGCCUCGUCUUGAGUCAGCCAAGCUCGUGUCAUGGCUGAUGGGUCAGCUCCCUGGUCUAUCCACGCGCCUCUCAGCCUUCGUGCUUCACCGCUUCGCCGCUGCUUCAUGCACAGAUGCUCCCUCUUCUUCAACCACGCAUGAUGCCAGCAACGCAGCACCCACGCCCAAAGCCACCGCCCCUGCUGUUCCCAGCGCUGCAUCUUCGCUUCCUCCUGUUACAAGCACAUCUGCUGCUUCCACCAGAGAAACUGAUUCCACCAAUGGGAACCCAGAAUCCAUGCCACGUGGCGUUGCCUGGGCGCUUGACAUGGCGUUUCCGGACCCUCUCAGUGCAGCAGGUAUGACUCGGGUACAACCAACAGGGGCGACAGGAGACAAAGAGCCGACAUUGCAUGGUGCAAGGGGGGGCAUGGUGCAUGGUGCACAGCUGCUGUAUCGGGCAUCCCUGCAUGGCCGUGGCAUUCGCCGAUUCAUGGCCCAAGCUGAAGGCUAUGGUGGUCCCUGGAUGCUGCUGCUCUCCCUCCACCACCCGCCCUCCUCUCCCCUUUCCUCCUCCUCCUCCUCCUCCUCCUCCUCCUCCUCCUCCUCCUCCUCCUCCUCCUCCUCCUCCUCCUCCUCCUCCUCCUCCUCCUCCUCCCCCUCCUCCUCCACCUCCCCCUCUCACUGUCACUGCGGGGGUCUCCUCUCUCACUGCACCCGACUGUGCAUGGCAAAGCAGCCCCCGUGGCUGGUGGGAGUAAUGGCGUCUGCUGCUGUGGCCAAUGCUGAUGCCUACUCUGGUGACGCCAGGGGUUCUGCUCUCAUGCAGCUCUCGCCCUCCUUCGCUCUCUACAAGCCGACCGGCCAGGCUAGUAAUUUCAUCUGCACUCCAUCGGCAAAGGUGGGGGGUGGCAACAUUUCCCGUACUGGUGCUGCUGGUGGGGCUGGUAGGGCAGGAGGUAUGGGCAGGGCAGCAGCAGCAGGGGGGGGGAAGGCGAGGGUGUUGGGGAUAGGCGUGGGGGGCAGCAGGGGGAGGGAGCGGGUGUGGGUGGAUGAGGAGUUUCGAAGCGCCAUUGUGAGGCACCAUGCAGUGGAUAAGACCUUCCGACCAGGUCACCUGCACCCCGACCAGGGCUAUGCAGAGCUGAGUGUGCGUGUAGAGGAUGUGAGCGUAUGGGGUUUAGGUGGCAAGGUGGCAGAGGACAAGAGGGUGGCCUUUCAGCAGCGAGAGCAGCUUUUCACCGAACAGAGGCGAAAGGGCACUGGAGCAGAGGGGGGGGGUGAGAUGGUGGAGGGGAAUGGAGCAGAGGGGGGUGGUGAGACAGGCUAG